AUGGAGAAGCUCAAGCAGAUGAUGCACCACCACCGCAAGCGCAGCAGCCAUGCCCCCUCCUUUUCGCUCGCCUCCUUCCGCCAUUGGGCCACCGCCUUCGUCGUGUGCGACUUCAACGUCGACGUCGGCCCCGAGAUCCUGAUGGUCUACCCUGCCGACACGCCUUUCUCGCAGGCCGAUCUCACUGCAAUAUGCUUCAACAGGCAAGUCAACCCCCCGCCCCGCUCUGCUGUCUGCUUCACCUUUGGGAGCACGUGCCCGACCUUUCCCGAGCAACAGACGCCCGAGAUGGGCGAAGACCUCUCGUUCCAGUUUUCAAUCAGAAAUCGCUCGCCUGAUGUGUUGUUGAGUUCCCCGUGCGCGCCCCACGGCAGCCCCAGCACCUUCUAUGGCAACUGUCUGUUUCGCCAGGAGUUUGAUGGGACUACCAAGCGCAGCUACAACCAGAAGAGCGUGGUGUUGAUCUCCAACCACAACUUCUCCGCCUUUUUCACCAGACUUUUGCAGCAGAUGACAAGCUCGGGCAUCUUAUGUGACCCCAACACCUUCGAGGCUGCGUGUACUCAGAUCUCCGCAUGGCCUCCGCCUUCCAUUGGCCGUCAUGAGCUGCCCUUCCUCGGCUCCUUGCUAGUGCUUGAAAUUGCACCUCAUCUCGCGUUUCCGCUGCAGGGUCUCGCGUCCCCGCAGAGUAGCCGCUCGGACAGUGUCUCGGGCCCCAUAUACGCCUAUCAACCGACGACUUCUUGGUCGCGCCUCAUUCCCUUCUUUUCUUCCUUGUCGGACCUGUACACAGUGUUCGAGAGGUUGCUUCUUUGCGAAAACGUGAUCAUCAUGGCGAAAAGCCCCCAGACCUGCAGUGAGGUCGUGUCGGCACUCGUCGACUUGAUUCGGCCCAUUCCCUAUGCUGGAGAGAUCAAGCCGUACCUGACCAUGCAGUCCGAGUUCUGCGUUGCCGGCUUCAACGGGGGCACUUCCCGGCACUUCAUUGUCGGCAUCACGAACCCGUUUCUCCUCAAGAGGAUUCUAAGUGCUGCAGAAUCGAGCGGCAGUACGAAUCCGUACGUUCUGUAUCUGCAUAACACCGGAUCUCCAGUGCCCGUCAAGCCGUCCAGCUCGCAGGCAACCUGCCCGCCAGGCUUCGAUAUUCCUGGCGGCAUUGAAGCCAUCAAUCCGGCUAAGAAGCUCCUGAAGCCGGAUCGAUCUUUCCUGCAGCAGCUGGACGCCAUGCAGAAAGGCGGCAGGUCGGCCUCAGACGCCAUUGGGCCUCUGAUUCGGCGACAUUUUGCAGAGUUGACAGCCCAAUUUCUCUCCCCCAUACUCAGAUACCUCGCCACGGGAAUGGCGUCAACCGUUGCAUCGCCAGGCGGCAACCCCGCAUAUGCAAACUUCUCAGAGCCCGACUUCUUGAACAGCCUUUCCAAAUACGGCACGUCGAUCAAGCUACGUGGACAGGGUCCCCUGCAACGGCAUCGGACCCGCGAUGCCCUCUAUGCGGAGUUUUGCCGUUCACCGAACUUCUAUUCCCACCUCGAGAUGAAGCUAAGCCUUGAGAAGGAAGCUUCAGUGGGCUUGCUCAAUAUGUCUAGGUGA